AUGCAAUCAAAUGGUAUUAAAUUCAUGGGUUUAAUAAUGAUUGGUCUUGUAUUAUGUAUGAUGAGCAUGUCUGUUUCAGGCACAUCGCCACCGUAUUUCCCACCUGCCCGGCCUGCUCCACCUGCCCGACCUGUUCCACGUCCUCGUGCUUGGACAUGUGACUGUGGUACAAAUGGUGUCGCAACUCAACAGUGUUGUGCUGGGCAACUUAAUACUAAAUUUAUCAAUCUCCAACGGUGUCAAGGUAUAUCAGAUAAAUCAGGUUAUCUUGGAUGUUGUGGUAGUAUACCAAACUCUAAGUGUACAAUGUAA